AUUUUAUCGAAGAAUAAAGACAAAUAAUUACCAAAAGUCCUAAACAAAAUUAGUUUUGUAAAUUAGUUGCAAUUAUAAUUUCAUAACAAAAGCGUGUGUAUUUCGUGGUAAAGGAGACGUAAUAAAAAUAUGUCUAAUACAAAUCCUUUAAAUGUUACCGUAAAUUCUACUAUGGCAACUCUAAUAAAUCAAACGGAAACCGGUUUAAAUUUAAAUACCACUUACUCAACACCUCUUUUAAAUUCAACAUGGUUUCCUAUAAACAACUCAUCUGUGCUUCCAAAUAUAAACUCUAGCAGCAGUAGUGGCAAUUUACCCUGGUAUUGGAAUAACACAAUAUACAAUCCUCCGGUCUAUACUCCGUAUACACCUUAUUGUCCUGAUUGUUAUCCUAACUAUGUUACCAUCGAUCCACCAUUGAUUACAUAUUCCUAUACGUAUUCAUAUGCUUAUUAUGUCUUGUUACUUUUGCUAUUAGUUGUGGCGAUUAUUUGCAUUAAGAUCGGUAUAUCACGACGUAAGGAACUGGAACGUCGCGCGGCUGCUCAACGUAGAAGAGCUCUUCAACAAUCCCAAAAUGCUUAUAUAGCAACCAGCGACAACUCUAACGACAACAAUAAUAACACACCAAAUACGGGAGCCAAAGAAUCUGAUUUACCUCCUGCUUACAACGAAGUGGUUCAAUCCUAUAUAUUGGCUAAACAGCAAGAACCAUCCGGGGAAAAUUCUACAAAUGAUGUAGCAUCGGGCAUGACAACCAAUCCCUCAACGAACACUAUUUCAACAGCUAUUUCGACAUUAACCAUCGAAAGUGAAAUAUCAAAUAGUAAUUAUGCUUUAAAUAAUCCCUCUACUUCAAGUAUAAUGACAGAGACAAUUGUGAUGUCUAAUCCACCAGCAAUAGCAGCGGCAGCUUCAGCUUCAACAUCUUCCCCACCGCCUUCUUAUGAUCAUGUUGAAAUCGAAAUGUCCACAACGAAAAUCAACAAAGAUCAUAUUGUUUAGUUUUAUUGUAUUUGGGUUUUAUUGAGCAAUAUUUCUUUUAAAUAUUCCUACUUAAUUGUUGUUAAAAUAAAAUAAUUAUGUAUUUAUACAAAUAAA